CGCUAGUUAGUAAUUUCUUUCUUUGUGUUUUUAUAAUUUGCUUAAAACUUAUUUUUCAAAAUGUCUAACAUAUCAUUUUUUUUUUUAAAAAAAAAAGAUUACUUCCAAGCAUCCCCUCUCUCUCUCUCUCUCUCUUUCUUUCUUUCUUCAUUUUCAAAUGAGAAAAUGACAGUUUGCAAAUAAAUUUUCUUAUCUGGAAUACUUAAGAAGUCCAUAAAAAAACCAUCUUGUAAGCCGUGACUGAUGGAAGAAAUGAACCCCACAGAUAGAAAUACUCACUUGUGCAUAUGUAACAAAAGUCUGAUCAAACUUAUGGACUUUCUGGUCUAUUCGUCUUAAUUAGUUCACGGGUCCUUCCAUCUUUUGUCACUCUCAGCUUCAACUACCAUCCAAUUCCCACCCAAACCCCAACUCUUUUACAAAACCUCUCAAAGUCCUUAAAAUUUGGCAAACUCCCAACAUCUUCAAAAAUCACAUCACAUACACUGGGACAACAUGGAUUGGUUUUCAUGGCUCUCCAAAACUGGCCUUGACUCUUCUCUUCUUUAUAACUAUGCUAUUAUGUUUACUAACAAUGAACUUGAUCAAGAUGAUAUACAAUAUUUCAACCAUGAAUUUCUCCAGAGUAUGGGCAUUUCCAUAGCCAAACAUAGGCUAGAAAUCCUCAAGCUUGCUGCUAAGGAAAGGGGAAGAAGUAGUUCAAGAAAUCAUAUCUUUUGGUUUGUUGUAGCUAUCAGGCAAGCAAAGCAACAUUUUGCCAAGCGCUUGAGCACGUGGACUCAUCGAUCAGAUUCAGGUUCCCUGUUGCCUCUGAGAAAUUACAGUGAAAGAUGGAAAGCAUCUAUGUUGAAGAGGAACAAGAAGUUAACUGCAGCUAAACAAGAAAGAUCAGUAAUGCAGACUACUAAUCAAGGAAGGUUGAUGAUGCUCACGAAUGGAAGUCCCAAUCUCAUGAUAGAUUCUUCUGAUACCUGGAUUAGCAGCUCAUCAAGCUCACCUACUGAGGGUUUUCGCGAUGAUGAAGACAUGAAUGGCGUUGAUGGUGGAAACUGGCCAACUGUUGCUAUUGAAGAGAUUAAGUGGGAUGCAAUGUUUCAAGACUUGAAACCUACCUAAGUUGAUCAAACUCUCUACAUAUACAUAAUUUAUCCUCAUGUUUUUCCUUCUAGAUACCUUAGACUUUCAAAAAGUGUUUUUGGGAAUUGUUGCAUCAUAUUUUUCUGAACUCAUUGUCUAUAAGCAGCAGAAUGCAGUGUUUUUAACUUUUACCAUACUGAACUUCAUAUCCAAUACGGCUAUUAUGGUGAUUGGUGACAUACAAAUUCUGUUCAAAUAAUUAUUUCUCAAAAAGCAUCAUGCUAAUCAAACCCUA